GAUCUGCUAACAACCGUUUAACACCGCAGAGUCCCAGCCGCGGCGGCAGAGAGGGACACCGACUCAUUCUCAGCGACUUGUUGAGAUAAUUCGCCACCGAAGGGGGAAUACUGAUCCAGAGGAAGCUCUCUCCGUCUCGCAGUUUCAGCUCAACAUUCCCACGGCUUCAAAGCGGAGUCUUCUUCAAGAGGGACUUCGCCCGGGUCGUUACGCACAACUUUUACGCACAGCGCGGAGAACCGGUGGAGGCACGGAUCUCGAUGCGCCGUCCGUGCGACCUGCCACACAUACGGACUACAGAACAACUUAUACUCUCACAGGUGUGAUUAAUUAUGUUAAGUGUGCGAACUGCAGGAAUGGAUGAAACGAUCCGCUCAGUAGUCUGCUGAAACAAGAUCCGAACGCGGGGACACUGGGAACUUGCCUGGAACAGCGAGCAGCGCCGGAUGCCAAAAUGAGCCUUUACUGGCAGAGCUGGAGGGUCUUACAUGUGCUGUUUGCAACAAUUACAACGAUUCUCACACAAGAUUUGAGCAGCAAAGAGCUGACGGACGGCAAGAUUCCAGUGCCUUUCCCCGUCUUCCUGCCCGUCAACUACGAGGUGCGGGAUGCCGACUACCUCUUCCUGAAAGAGGCAGGCCAGGACUUCAUGAGGAACUUCAGCAUGCAGAGCCACACGCAGCCCUUUGUUAUUUUAAGAGCCAGCCGCCAGCCUGCUGUCAACGCCAGCUACGGCACCAUGUCCACCGAGAAGCCGGUGCCUCUGGACCUGGUGCAGUCCGUGCAGCUCUUCAACGCUCCAGAGGUCUUUACCUUCAACUGGAAGAUCCAGGCCUUCGUGCUGACGCCCCGGGUUUUCUCCUCCAAGCCCAAAGUGCGAGUUCUCUUCUAUGUUGCGGGGAGGGACUGGAGCAGGCGGGCAACAGCUGUGGACGAGCUACCGUGUGUGACAGUGUAUGGUUUCUGGCAAACCCAGGAAGUGCGAGGUUCCUGCUCCAUGGGAGGCGAGAGGGGGACCUGCAUGGCCGAACUGGCUCCGGCGCCGAGUUGGUUCGCUCCGGGGUCAGAGGGCACCAGCAGGGAGAGACAGGAUCCGUCUGCAGGGAACCCCGUGGAGCUGUACUACCAGGCUCAGCCCAAAGUCAAUGGGAAGUGUAAUUCUGUGGAUGGAAGUCGUUGGGGGGGCUCACAGCCGCAGCAGCAACAGCAGCAGCAGCAGCAGCAGCAGCAGCAGCAGGCCGAAUACGUCCCUGUCACUCCCAUGCAAAGGAUUGGCAGCGUGCGUCUUCUGCAGGUGCCUAAAGGAAUGGCAACGCUCUCUCGGCUCAAACUGGGCAAUACAAUCGUGAUCAGGACGUCCUCCAAACCUCUGAAAAAGACCGACAUCGCCACCUUCUACAUACUCAUGGCCAGCUCUGCUCAGCUGACUAACUUCACUCUCAGAGCAACGGUAAAGAAAGGUGUGACCUUUCGAACAGCGACGCCCAGUAACUCUUUACUGUGGGACAUCACUCUGGAUAUGGGAGCGGACGGAGCCAUCGCCGUGAUCUGUCAGAGGAAAGCUCCCAUACCGGGGAAAAGGCUUGAAAGCAGCCUGCUGGAGGUACUUCAGAUGGAUUUUGAGGUGGAGGAGCUCAGCAGUCCUCUCGACAGUCAGGUGAUCGUAUGGAAACUGGAGCUGCCUGCCGCCCCCAAAGCCGUAGCCAAAACCGAGGGCGCCAUGAGGAUCUACACCACUCAGAGAGACUUUGUGGGCCUGGCUCCUCUCGUAAUGGACACAGAGAUCCUGAACACAGCCGUGCUAACUGGGAAGAAAGUGGUGAUGCCGGUGAGGACCGUGGCCGUGGAGGAGGACGGCGUCGUCACAGACGUGUCCGACUACACCGACUGUAGCUCCACCGAUGAAGACGUUCUCAAGGUGUCAGACAGGUGCGACUACGUUUUUGUAAGCGGCAAGGAGACGAAGGGCAAGGUGAAGAUGAUGGUGAACUUCACCUACAGCUACCUGAGCGCGCAGCUGGAACUCAACGUGUGGAUGCCCCAACUCCCCCUCCAGAUCGAAGCGUCGGACACAGAGCUGAGCCAGAUUAAAAGCUGGAGGGUGCCUAUCCUGACCUCAAAAAGCAGAUCUGGCUGGAACAGCGAAGAAGACGACCGGAAGGGGAAGGGCUGCAUGCUGCAGUUUCAGCACGCCCUGGUUCGCGUGCUGACCAGUUUUGUGGCGGAGCAGGGAGACCCUCGCGAUCCAAAAGCCUACUUCCUGGGCUCAGACUGGCAGGUGGAUGUUACAAGGUUGGUUCGUUACUUCAUGAAGGUGGAGGACCCUCGUGUGGCGAGGCUGCAGGCCGGAAGAGUGCUAUCGGGCAGAGACCUUGGGACUACAACCAUUCAGGUGUUUUCCCCACUGUCUGAUGCCAUAUUGGGCAAAACGACAAUCAAAGUUGUGGAUGACAAAGUGACCAUCACAGAGUUGGGGGUUCAGCUGGUCACCGGCCUCUCGAUGACCUUACAGCUCAGUCCUGGAAGCAACAGAGCCAUCUUGGCUACAACGACCACACAAGAGGUGCUGCAGAGCCCCAAACAGGAGGCGUUGGUCAGUGCAUGGAUACAGUUCAGUGAUGGCAACCAAACGCCUCUGGAUAUUUAUGAUCCAGCCUACCACCGUGUGACCGUGACGUCCCUCGACCAGGGGGUGGUGUCCGUUCAGGGCACGCCUCCAGCUGUGGUGGCAGAGGGGGAGGGCGAAGGCGUCCUGGUCAGAGUGGAGAUGUCCAUCUGUGAGGCCUGCCAGAAAUCCAAGCGCAAAAGCACAGUGGCGGUGGGCAACGGCAGCCUCAAGGUCAAAUUCCAGGUGAAUCUUCGGCGCCCAGAUGGUAACGCCGGCGGCUUGGACAGCAGCACCGUCAGCAACAAAGACGGCGGCAGCGACUACGGGAACGACGGGGAGGAGCUGGACGGCGAACGGAGGCCGAGGAAGCCGCAGCGGACCUCUAACUCGGACAGAGAGGAGAGUGCCAUGCAGAAAAUCACCACCACCAUCAAAUCCACGGAAAGAACACUGAUAACCAGCGGCAGUCUCGGAGGAGUGGGCAAGACCGGCAAUCCGGGAAACCCUGGAGGUCCUACCAGAGGAGUUAACGUCAGUCUGAUGAACAGCCCCAGCGACAGCAGCAAAGGAUACGGCGCAGACAACAUGAUUGUGGAGGACAUGAGCAGCGUUAGCUUCACCAGCACUGUGAAAGCGCCUGGGAAUCUUGUAAAUUACAAUAACUUUCCUUCCAAGGUGGAGACACCUGGGCAGGACGCGGAGGAGGUGGAGAUCGGCGGCGAAGACAUGUUGGCCGGCCGGCCUCUCACGGACUUGGAGAUUGGCAUGUACGCCCUGCUGGGCGUCUUCUGCCUCGCCAUUCUGGUGUUCCUGGUGAACUGCAUCUCGUAUGUCGUGAAAUUCAGACACAAGAAGCCCCCCUCUCACGGACAGGAGCCCACGGGGCACAGGCACGACUGGGUGUGGCUCGGCACCGACGCCGAGCUGGUGAUGAGCGUCCCGGGCAGCCCGGUCCAGCAGGACUCCCAGACGACCACCACCGUGAUAGACAUCGGGCCCGACAAGACCGCCUCUCUCUCCAGGAGGCCCAGCUGCCUGACCUCCGUCACAGACUCUCCCCUGAGCUGCGUGGGUUCCCUCAGGAGCAAACCGCUGCACACCGAGUCCCUCCAUUCGCCCACCAGCAAGAGAAAGAGGGUGCAGUUCACCACCUUCUCCUCUCUGGAGCGCCAACAUUCGCCACACAUCCCGCCCAGAGAGAACGGCCACGGCAUCCACUGGGUGGGGAAAGAGGACAGCUGUGGGGAACAGCCUCAAGUGCCCAUCACAGAGCCCGGGGACCACUUAUAAUACAGAACAUGACCAGACCUUACAUGUACAGUAGAUGUGGCUUUGAUCACCUCAAUGCCUUUGUCGACUUUGACAACUGUAAAGAAUACGUGGUUUGGGAAUUUCUCUCCUCGACAUUUCAUGACCUAUUAAGGCCUUUUACGUGUACAUGUACUGUAUAUUAUUGUUAAUAUUGGAAAGAGGAUCAGUACGGAGAUAUUUUAGAUGGCUGAGAGGAUGGGACUCUUAUUUACACGGUAUUUAAAGCCACCAAAUGUCGAUGCUGCAUGUGGAUAUCUACUUCCCUGAAUUUGUGCACUCACAUGCUAGUAGAA